UGAAGAGAAAAGUUUCAUCAGAUAACUUCUUAACUCCGAAAGCGAGGAAGUUCGACUUCCGCAAACUGUUCGCUAUACUCCAAAGGUUGAGUUCUCAACGCUUGUUCAGCACAUUUAAGUCGAGCGACAGUCAAAGAGUAAAUAGAACCUUUUUAUGCACGUUUUUUGGGGGUAGCCAAGGAGACAUUGUCGCAGGUGAUAGUUUUCCUACCCAGAGGCAUUCGAUUACAGAUCAUCGUUUAUUUAAGAAAGACGCAGUUGGAUUAAAACGCCAUGUCUCUCACGAAUUCUUCAAAAUUCUUCACUUUUAUCGUCUUCACGACCAUAUUUCACCCGUUCGGGUCUUCGCAAAGAAUUGCUAAUCAGACGAUACGGGACUUGCUGUUCUCAAAUUAUGACAAGGACGUGAGACCCGACCACGGAGUCAAGCCACUGGAUGUGGAGGUGGACUUGUACGUCGAAUCAUUCGCAAAUAUUGCAGAAGCUAAUAUGGAGUACACCUUAUUUGGUUACCUCCGUCACUACUGGACAGACAAGCGUUUUGCAAAUAAAUCCAAGGAGGUUAUUCAGCUGAAGGGAUCGACCAUUGAGCAUGCGUGGAUGCCUGACACAUAUAUCAGCAAUUCAAGACAGUCCAAUCUGAGACAAAAAGACUCUGAGGCAGAAAGUACUUUAUUUAUUCAUACCGAUGGCUCAAUGUUCUACUCGAAGGGGGUGAAAAUUGUGGCCUCUUGUGCUAUGGACUUGAAGGAUUUUCCAAUGGACACACAAAAGUGUGGCCUAUCUUUGGGAAGUUAUGGACACAGCUUGGCAGAUGUCAAUUACAAGUGGAGGCGAGAGAAGGUCGUAGUAGAGAAAAAGAACAUCGCGCAGUUUGACAUGACAGAAGCCUACUUAAACAGAAGCGUUAUGAUUUAUAUCUCAGGUAACUAUACCCAACUUCUAGUCUACUUCCACUUUGAACGUCGUAUCGGUUAUUACGUUAAUCAGGUCUACAUCCCGGAUACACUGAUAGUCACAAUUAGUUGGAUCGUCUUUUGGUUGGGCCAAGACGACAUGGGUGGUCGAGUAGGAUUGGGAAUCACCACGCUUUUGACCAUAAUGUUUCUGUUGGGCUCGGUGAAUAUGUCUCUACCUCGAGUGAGCUAUGCCAAAGCUAUAGACUGGUACCUGAUUGUCUCCUUUGUGUUCGUGUUUCUUGUCCUGUUUGAAUGCAUCAUCGUGUACGUUGUCCGUCAACGAAAGCGAUCACGGGAGGAGAGCGGUCGGGACAGGAGUUUGGACCUAGAGGAGGGCAAGAGAGAGAGAGCUCGUACUGAAGACAGUUUUUAUAUAGAGAAGCUCCUAAAGAGUGAUGGCUUUGUGAACGUGGAGAUUCUUUCGAACACCGGUGAACUGGGGAUAGUCAGUUCACGAAACAACGUCGACUCAUUCCUUCCAGAGAAAAAAAAUGACAUUGAGAUGACUGAUAGGACAAGUCAGAGAGGAAUGAUGAGUUGCAAGAACAAACGAGCGAGGCUGUCGGUUGGUGAUAUAAUCGAUCGUAUCUCGCGCCUUCUCUUUCCUCUUGCUUUUAUUUCGUUCAACGUCUCUUAUUGGAAUCAUUACUUGAGCAAAUAAUAUGGCAAAGAAUGUUCUGAGGCAAAUUGCUAGCUUUGCGGAAAAGAAAACAUGAUAAACAUUGCGGAAUCACAAAAAAAUUUUAGAGAGACUUUGAUUUUUUUUCAUUUUCUCGGGUUUUAUUUUUUCUGAGGUAAGAAAACUUUUUUACGCUUUCCUGGACCACAGAUCCACAUGUAUUUGCCCUUGUAAUUUUGCGAAAUGAAUUGUUAGAUUUUAAACCUCUCAUUCAUGAGAUUUUGAUGUAAGGUUCAUUGCUGUCUGCCAUUUAUUUAUUGAGAUCUUAAUUCUGAAAGUUUUCUUUCGACUCAAACAAUGCUCGGUCUCUUGAUAAAAUCUUCAUUUUGACUCUCAACACCUGUUUUUUAAAUUAUAACUUUUGUGAGGAGAAAUGACCAUUUGAUAAGCCUGAAGAGUACGUGGGUUUAAUGUUUUUUAUGAUCAUGAACACAAUUCAAGAACUAUGGCACUAGAAAUUUAUACUUUUAUUGAAUUUUGCCGAAGUUUUAAUU